AUGCCGAAAGAGGAGAUUGGCGCGCAGCGGUUCCUGCAGUCGCACCCUCAUGCUGAUGGACGAGGGGUGAUCGUCGCUAUAUUCGACUCGGGGGUGGAUGCGGGGGCGUCGGGCCUGCAGGUGACGACCGAUGGCAAGCCCAAGGUCAUCGAUGUUGUCGACUGCACGGGGAGUGGGGACGUGGACAUGAGCACAGUGGUCAAGGCAGACAAAGAUGGCUACAUCACAGGAGCAUCAGGUGCACGGCUGCAGGUGAACAGCGCAUGGAGCAACCCAUCAGGGGAGUGGCGUGUGGGCGUGAAGCCUCUCUAUCACGUGCUCAAUGAAACUGUGCUGGACCGAGUCAAGAAGGAGCGUCGCAAGAAGUGGGACGCAAGGCAGCAGGCGUUGGUCACGCAGGCUCUUCGCCAGCUCGCCGAGUUUGAAUCGAAGCCAUCCAAGGCCAAGGACGAAGCAGGCAAGAAGGAGAAGGAGGAACUUCAGGCGCGAUUGGACCUGCUGCAGUCAAUGCAGGACUCAUACGAGGAUAUGGGCCCGCUGAUAGACGCCGUGGUGUGGCACGAUGGCACCACUUGGCGUGCAGCUCUUGAUACCACCGACCUCUAUGUUGACAUCGCUCAUGCUGCUGAUGCUGCUCCUGGUGUUGCUGGUACUGCUGCUGCUGCUGGUGCUGCUGGUGGUGCAUCUGGGGCGUCUGGGGAGGAAGAAGGGGAGGCUAAGCCUGCUGUUGUGCCUGGGCGCUUGGCUGAUUUCACCCCUAUGACCAACUACAGGUUGGAGCGGCAGCAUGCAACAUUCAGCCCGAUGGACGCGUGUGGGUUCGGUGUGAACAUAUACGAUGAGGGCGCGGUGCUCUCUAUAGUCACAGAAGCCAGUGCACACGGCACCCACGUGGCAGGGAUUGUGGCUGCUUGCCACCCUGAGGCACCAGAGCUGAACGGCAUUGCGCCAGGUGCGCAGCUGGUGUCGUGCAAGGUGGGGGACACGCGCCUGGGGUCCAUGGAAACGCCUCAGGGGCUCAUCCGCGCACUCAUCGUCGCUCAGCAGAACAAGUGCGAUGUGAUCAACAUGAGCUAUGGCGAGCCAGUGGCUUUGCCCAACUAUGGCCGCUUCAUUGACAUCGCCAACCAGAUAGUGAACAAGUACGGCAUCACGUUUGUGAGCAGUGCAGGCAACGACGGGCCGGCGCUGUCCACAGUGACAGCACCGGGCGGCACGACGUCAUCUAUCAUCGGCAUCGGCGCUUUUGUGUCGCCGUCCCUCGCCGCCUCGUCGCACCUCACUCUCGACGCCCUGCCUGACGGCCAGCAGUACACCUGGUCGAGCAGAGGCCCAACACCGGACGGGCACGAGGGCGUGAGUGUGAGUGCUCCAGGGGGCGCCAUGGCACCCGUGCCCACGGCCCACCUGCAGUCGCGCAUGCUCAUGGCCGGCACCUCCAUGGCCUCUCCCAACGCCGCAGGGGGCGUGGCUCUGCUUGUUUCAGCCUUGAAGCAAGACAUGGGAGUGGCGAAGCCAGGACCGCAUGCCAUAAGGCGUGCGCUGGAGGUGACAGCACAGGAUCUGGCCGGGGAGGACCAAGCCCUGGCGCUCACUCACGGCAGGGGGCUCGUGCAGAUCGACAGGGCAUUCGAGUAUCUGUGUCGUCACCCAGCAUCGUCCCUCGAGCUCACAUCUGACAUUCGCUACUCAGUGCUUGUCAAAGCAGCGUCAGGAGCAGGGGGUUCUCGUCGAGGCAUCUACAUCAGGGAACCAGGGGAAGCCUCUGCUCCUUCAGAGUGGCAAGUAUUCGUGGAUCCGUGGUUCCACGAGGACGCAGACAACCUGACAGUAAAGGCACUCUUUGAGCGCACGCUCAAGCUCGUGCCCACCACUGACUGGGUCAAGGCACCCGACCUGCUGCUUCUCCCCAACAACGGCCGCAACUUCUAUGUCCGAGUGGAUCCCUCCUCGCUCUCUCCCGGCCUGCACUACGCGGAGCUGCGAGCCAUAGACACAGCCAACGAGUGGCAGGGGGCGCUGUUCCGCAUACCCAUCACGGUUGUCAAGCCCCUCGUGCUGCCCAACCCGGCUCUCCCCCACCGCUUCCCCUUCGGCAUGCUGCAACCAGGAGAUGUGCAUCGCACGUUCAUCACGGUCCCACAUGGGUCGGCCUGGGCGGAAAUCCAUCUGCACCUCUCCGCGUUCACCGUGCCUCUCACCGUCGUCAUUCACACGCUGCAGCUGCUCCCAGCCCGUCGCCCCACGUACCGUCGCACGCGCGCCUUCUACCAGUUCUCAGCGCCCUCCUCCAAGACGCUCUCGAUCCUCGUGGAAGGGGGGGGCACGCUGGAGGUCGCAGUGGGGUUGAAUUGGUUUUGCGGGCGUGGUUCUGAGCCUCCGCCGCAGGCUGACCUAGAGGUGGACUUCCACGGGUUGACGCCAGUGCAUGGCGAUGUGACCAUGAAUGGGGGCUCCAACGUGCAACGCAUCGACAUCGCAUCUGCUCCAUUCCGCAUGGAGCGAUUCACGCCCACUGUCUCCCUCAACAGAGUGAGGUCGGCGUAUCGCCCAUCAGAGGCGAAAGUGGAGCCCCUCUCGUCCACCAGAGACAUGCUUCCGGAUGGUCGCCAGAUCCAGGCGCUCAACAUCACCUACAAGUUCUCCAUUUCGGAAUCAGGGCGCUACACCCCUCGCCUCCCGCUGCUAAACCAGCGGCUGUACGACAGCGAGAUAGAGGGGCAGUUCUUCCAGCUCUUCGACUCGCACCGCCGCGUGCUCGCGUGCGAGGACGCGUACCCCAAGCCCGUGAAGCUGGGCAAGGGCGAGUUCACGGUGAAGCUGCAGAUCCGGGGCGACAAGGUGGGGCGGCUGGAAAAACUCAAGACCAUGCCGCUGCUGCUGGAUAGGGCACUGGAGGACAAGUCGGCGUUGAAGCUGGGCGUGUACAACUCAGCGGACAGUGCCAUCUUUGCAGGCAGCGACACGGUCAAGAACGCCCUCAUGGCUCCCAAUGAGAAGCGCGCGUUCUUCAUUUCAGGCCCUGGUGACCUACCAAAGGACGCGACACCUGGCACGCUGCUACUGGGCCGCAUGACUCUCGCAAAGACCGGGGGCCUGUUUGUCAACACGGAGUCCAACGCUGCUGCACCGUGCCGCGUGCAUGUCACCUACGUGGUGCCGCCUCCCAACAAGAGUGACGAUAAGAAGUCAUCCGCUUCCUCCAGUUCAGCUCCUCCCACUAAAACGGCCACCGAGAGAAUGCAAGAGGAGCUGCGCGAUGCCAAGGUGAAGGUGCUGGCAGCAGUGGCAGCGGAGGAGCGGGACAAGGCGAAGGGCGAGGGCGAGUUUGUGGCGCUGGCGCAGCAACUCAAGGAGGAGUAUCCGAAUCACCUGCCUCUGCUGCUGGAAGUGCUUCGUUUCUACGACGAUCCCAAGAUGCGACCCACAUCCCUGCUCAAGGUGGUGGAGGCAGCAGAUGCAGUGGUGGCCAGCAUAGACCGCACAGCUCUGGCUGUUUUCCUGGCCAUGAAGUGUGAACCAGAGGGACAGAACGCACAGGCAGAGAAGAAGGAGAAGGAUGCACAGAGGGACGCCCUGAUAGAGGCACUUCACAAGAAGGCGCUUGCUCUCGGUGACCUGCAGUCGCCCUUCCCUGCUGCUGCUCCCUCUGCUCCAACAUCAGAGGCACCAGCAGCUGCCGCACCAGAAUCUGUCACUCUCGCCACCACCGAAGUAGCACCAUCGCCUGCUGAUGCUCCUUCGGUUACUUCUCCAACCGCUCUUGACCCCUUACCUGAUACCCCAGCAGCAGCUGCAGCAGCAGGGGAAGCAGGGGCCGGCGAACCAGAUACUGGUGCUUUGGCAGCAGCAGUUGAGGCGUUAAGAGGAGCAGCAGCAGGGGGAGAAGCAGAGGCAGGGGGGGGGGCAGGGGCAGGGGCAGGGGCAGCAGGUGCAGGUGACAGUGGUGCAUCUACCAGUGGUGGUGUUGGUUCAAGUGGAGGUGGCGGUGGUAAUGGUGGGGAUGCAUUUGAGGAGACGUACGCAGAGCUGCGCAAGUGGGCGGACGUGUCUCAGUCCAAGUACGGCUUGCUGGGCAUCAUGAGGGAACGACGCGCCAACCGCCCUGCGCUCGCACUCAAGAUCCUCAACAAGGUGUUGGAGGAUGAUCCGAAGCAGGCGGACAGGAAGAUGCACGAGCUCAGGGUGACGCUUCUGCAGCAGCUGCAAUGGCCGCUGUGGGCCGUGCAUGAGAAGCGCUGGAACACUGCGCGCUUCCCCACGCACUGGGCCCCCUUCUGA